UGCUUUGCUGACAGAGACUGAACAUUCCAACAAGUCCGUUGGCCAGCAAUACCGGCGAAGAAAAAUAAUUAUACUUUAUUAUUUGUACACUUUUUAGUUUUGUGACCGAGUUAAAUAAAGAAUAUUCAAAAUGUUUUGGGGACUGAUUAUGGAACCUAACAAGCGGUACACGCAAGUAGUAGACAAAUCUUUCCAUGUAUCGCAAGCAGCAUUAGACAUUAACAGCAGCGAUGGGGAGCCUUGUCAAAUUAUGUUGGCGUACGAGAAAAGAAACUAUCUUAUUGGAACUUUGCAGAAAGGAAAGGUCAUGCAGAUUCCUUUGGAUUUAAAUUUUGAACAGGGAACUAAAAUGUCCUUCACAAGCAAUGGAAAUUCUCACGUCCACUUAACUGGUUAUUUAACCCCGGAUGACCCAUAUGACAAUAUUAUGGAUGAAUCCGGAAGCGAGUUGGAAGAAGAGGUCCCUGAAUUAGUCCCUGCCAAAAAAACCAAACGUAAAGCAAUGGAACCACAACCGUCGACUUCUAAAAAAUCCAGAUCUUCAGAUUUGGAAGAUCUCUUGAACAAUACAAAAGAUGAUACCUCGAGCGAAGACGAUGAGGACUAUGAGCCUGAUGGUGUAGUCAAUGACAGUGAUAUGGAUAUUAAUGCAUCAGACUUAAUGGAGGAUGAGUUGGAUGAUGAUGAUGAUGACGACGACGAUGAUGAUGAUGUUGAAGGAGCUGGUGAUAAUGAUGAGGACGAUGAUGAUGACGACGACGAUGAUGAUGAAGAGGGCGAGGAUGAAGAUGAGGAGGAAGAGGAAGAAAAGACUGACAACAAAACCAAAGCAAAUAAGAAACCACAACAGAAUGGAGUAUCAGACCCAAAAAAGAAAAACAAAGCUGAAAAGAAUCAACAGAACGAACAAAAGGGACAAAAGAAAACUCUUGCCGGUGGAGUAAUUGUUGAGGAAUUGAAGGUUGGAAGUGGAAAAGUCGCACAGAGUGGAAACAAAGUUCAAGUAUAUUACAUCGGUAGGUUGAAACAAAACAACAAAGUUUUCGACAGUGCACAAAAUGGACCAGGAUUCAAAUUCGCUUUGGGCAAGGGAGAAGUCAUCAAAGGUUGGGAUGUUGGUGUAGUCGGCAUGAAAGUUGGAGGCAAAAGACGCUUGACAAUCCCACACCACAUGGCUUAUGGCACAAAGGGCAGCCCACCAGUAAUUCCACCAAACAGCACAUUGGUAUUCGAAGUAGAAUUAAGAAAUGUACACUAAAAAUAUGUCGAUU